AUGUGCGCCGUUACUUUCCGGGUUGUCCUCCGGAGCAGGCGCGGAGAGCUGAAACAGCGCAGCGGAGGAGAGGAGCGCUCAGCCCGGGCUCUCCACCGCCGCUCUCACCGCCUCUCUGACCACCCCACCACCCCCCGGUCCGUGAUGUCGGAGCAGGGUGACGCUCGGCCCCAGUCCGGCCACGGUCCAGGCUUCACCGCCAGUUGGCCCAAUACCCGGGAAGGCGUACGAGCUUGCAGGAAGUCCGCGGUCAGUAUCACGCGUGUAUUAUGUGCUAGUGCCGGCUUGUUGUUCUCCGUGAACCCCGUGGUCUGCCAUGUGGUCACGGGCAGCUAG